UUUUUUUUUUUUUUUUUCAAAAAGAACAUUUUUGGGACUAUCAGGAGAUACUAAAUUACUUUAUUAUUUGCGUUACAUUAUAAUUUAAAUAUAAAUUUUCUUGUCGAUUUUUGUUUUAGGUGUCAUGUUUUCGAGAAAAAUACUAUCUGGAGAUGCGAAAUUUCCUUAGUAUUUUUUCAUCCUGUCUUUCCAGACAACAUUUUAGCAUUCACAUUCUUGCCAUUUUUGUUGUAGGCAUCAUAUUAAUUUUGAGAAGAACAUUUUUGGGACUGUCUGACGAUACUAAAUGACUAUUAUUUUUAUUCUGUUUUCCCAGAAAACAUUAAGAAUCAAUUUUCUUAUCAUUUUAUUAUUUUAUCCCCUCUUUCCAGGCAUCAUAUUGAAUUUUGAGAAGAAAUUGUUUGGGACUGGAGACUGGAUCUGGAGAUACUAAAUUACCCUAUUAUUAUUUACAUCCUGUCUUUCCAGGCAUCAUAUUUAAUUUUUAGAAGAACAUUGUGUGAUCUGCUGUGAUAGUGUGUUAAAAGCUUCCAGGAGACCUGUUUUGUCCAGUAAACUCUCCUCGGCGGUGGGUAAUGGGGUAAGAGAGAUGGUGGUCACUCAGUUAGAGCUGGAGCUCUGUUAUCAAGGGAAGAAGCUCAGAGGUUUCACCUGUAAACUGACCCGCUCUGCCAAUGGCUUCUUGCCAGAGAGCUCCUACAUCAUCGCGGCGCAGGUCUUGCUGCCGUUUCUGCUGGGUGGUCUGGGGAUGGUGGCGGCCGGCAUCGUCAUGGACAUUGUCCAACAUUGGGAAGUGUUUAAGGUGAUCACCGAGGUCUUCAUCUUGGUACCUGCUCUGGUCGGCCUGAAAGGAAACCUAGAGAUGACUCUGGCAUCUCGUCUGUCUACUGCUGCUAACACUGGACAGAUGGACGACCCCAAACAGCAGUGGCUGAUGGUGACCUGUAACCUUGCACUCAUUCAGGUUCAGGCCACUGUGGUGGGUUUUCUGGCGGCUCUGGCAGCUGUAGGUCUUGGUUCCCUGUCCAGAGGAGGUGUAGAGCUGGACCAGGCUGCAGUCUUGUGUGCUAGCAGUGUUACUACUGCAUUUGUGGCCGCUCUGUCUUUAGGUCUGGUGAUGAUUGGUGUGAUUAUCGGCUCCAGGAAGGUGGGCAUCAACCCUGAUAAUGUGGCCACACCAAUAGCAGCGAGUCUGGGAGAUCUGAUCACUCUUUCUCUGCUGGCAGGAGUCAGCAGCACACUCUUCCAGUACAGAGAUGUGUGGUAUUUGUCCCCGUUGGUGUGUGUUUUCUUUCUGCUGCUGAUUCCUGUAUGGGUGGUCAUCGCCAGACGGAGUCCUCAGAUUAAAGAGGUGCUGAAGUCUGGCUGGCAGCCGGUGAUCGUGGCCAUGUCCAUCAGCAGUUUUGGAGGUCUUAUUCUUGAUAAGACUGUGAGCGAUCCCAACUUUGAGGGCAUGGCGGUCUUCACACCAGUCAUAAACGGUGUCGGGGGGAAUCUGGUGGCCAUCCAGGCCAGUCGUAUCUCCACCUACCUUCAUUUCUGGAGCGUCCCUGGAGUCCUGCCCUAUAAGAUGAGACAGCACUGGCCCAAUCCCUGCGUCACCUUCUUCUCCUCAGGAGUGAACUCGAAGUCUGCGCGGGUGCUGUUCCUCCUGGUGGUUCCAGGUCACCUCCUGUUUCUUUUUGCCAUUAAUAUGCUUCAAGGAGGCCACACUGCCAUCACACCUGCAUUUACCUGCUGCUACCUGAGUGCUGCGCUGCUUCAGGUGGGGAUCCUCAUUUACACAGCAGACUUGAUUGUGCGUUUGAUGUGGAGGAAAAGCCUGGACCCAGAUAACUUCUCCAUCCCAUACCUGACUGCUCUGGGAGACCUGUUAGGCACGGGUUUCCUUGCCCUGUGUUUCCGUCUGGUCAUGUUAGUGGAGGGACUUGGCUUAUAAAACCUCAAACCCUUCAGAGGACCUGUACUGCCCACAGUGGUGCACACGAUAGGACUGGAAAUAUCAAAUCCCCUGUAGAUCAUUGGCAGGUAUGGACUGCUACCUGAUGGUCUGUAUAUGAUUAUAUUCUAGGUGUGUUGCCUCAAUGAUGCUGCUUUCAUACACACCAGCCGCCUGAUACUGUAUAGCAAGGCAGAACUCUAGCAUCACUUAUUUUUGUGCCAUGUUAAAAAUAGAAGUUUACCAAAAUGUAAAGGGAUAGUUCACCCCAAAAUGAAAAUAGUCACCAUUUACUUAUCCUUCCAAACCGGUGUUCUGAUGAGCACCAAAGAAGAUAUUUUGAAGAAGGUUGGAAAACUGUUAGGAAAAACAAACAUAACUAUGGCAGUCAAUUGUUACAUGUUUCCAAUAUUCCUCAAAAUACCUUGUGUUCAACUGAAGGCAAAAGUGAAAGAGAAGUAAACUAUGACAAUUUUUGGGUUAAUGAUUCCUUUAAAGAUUCUUUUGUUAUCCCUAGUGAAUUUCCAGAGUCUCUGAUUUAGAUUAGUUUUUAAGUAAACAAGAUAACUUUGAAGGUCAUUCCUUUCCUUUGCUAUUUAAGUAACAGUUUUAAUGGCUGCUAGAUAUUCAUAUACAGAGGGCCAGACGUGCCUCAGUUUGUACAUUUUUCCUCUAAAUUGGAUAGACAUCCAAUCAUAAAUCAUAUUUAUUGAAUGUACCAGUGUUCACUUGAAUGACUUGAUAACAAUGAAUUUGUUGAUGUGGUAAUUUA